CGAAUACACCGACCAGCUUUCCUUCGGAUGUGUGUAAAUCUGUGGGCCGGACUUUCUGAGGACUGACGCGUACAUGUAUAGCGCCAGAUUUCGUUCAGACUUGGCAAGCCGACAGAGGCCUCGUGAUCAGAUCACCUCGAGCCAUGUCGGACAAUAAAGAUCUCGCGGUUUGACGCGACUUCCGAAUCGGCGAAAUAGGUGUGGCGAGAUGCCGAAGCGUAGCGUGGAGGAGAUCUGCGAGAGCAUCGCCAUCACGGGCAUCCCGUCGUCACAAGACUUCGGCCAGCGGCCCAUCAAGCUGUACGUGUCCAGCGAGGCCACGAAAGAGGAGGACAACGAGUGCCGCGCCACGUUCGUGCUGUUCGAGGCGCAUGGGCUCACCUUCUACCUGGUGCGCAUCGCGAAGAAACCAUGGAAGCGUGGCGUUUGCAAUGGACGCGGCUGCUUUUGGUGAUGUGUUGGUGUGGAUGUGUGUUGCAGAUAGACAUCUGCAACUAUGACAAGGUGCAGCUGGUACAGGGGCUGAAGGAACUGAUCGCACUGAGGACCAACCCCAAGCCGUCGUCCUUCAGAAUUCCAUACGUGGUGCGCCUUCCCGCCCGCCCAUUCAUCCAUCUCAACUCACAUAUGGAGCUUCAUGGAUGGCAUGGAUGUGAUGUGAUUUUGGUAUCUGCUGCAGUUCGUAGGCGACGUACCGAUUGGCGGCUUCGACCACAUAGAAAAGCUGGAAAGACACUGUAUAUAUACCCCACCACACACACAUCCAUGCAUCCAUCCAUCCAUCCAUCCAUCCACCCUGCCGUCAUGUUGUCAUUGUCUGGGCGGGUUGGUGUUUGGCAGGCAACCUGCUGAAGGAGCUGUUCUUCGCCGGAGCAUGGUACUUCACCGACAAGCGCCCCGACCGGCCCCCCUCCCCCUCCCCACCGUCUCCGGUCCUCUCUCCCCUGCCGCCCGCAGUGUGCCAGCCGUCGCCCGAGCCACCCAGCGAGACUACCGGCACUGGCACGCUGCGCCAGCCCGACUCGCCAUCGGCCCUCCUGCGGCGACCGGCCAAGGUCACAAUGCACACACAGACAUGAAGGUGGAUUGAUGGAUGUGGAUGGAUGUGUGUGUGUUGGUGGUGGUGCAGGGUAAGGCGAAGUGGCGGCCAGUGUCCCCGACGAAGGCCAAGGCUGGGUCACAGCAGCAGCAGCAGGGGGGCGCUAGUGGGGCGCUGCUGGCCAAGGGGGAGAGGGAGAAGGGCAAGAGGGAGAGGGGUAACGAGGCUGAGAAGAAUAGGGCGGAAAACAAUGAUGCGGGGGCUGGGGCGGGCGCAGGUGGUGGUGGGGGUGGGGGUGAGAAGGUGUGGAUGAGGUCACAGAAGAACAACCUGUUCCGCGAAGACACCCCUAUGGAGGUCACACAGAGGGAAGCCGAAAGGCUGGAGGAAAUGGUGGGUGCGGCCAGCCGACAAACAAAUAAGAAAAGACGAGUCUCAUCCAUCCUCUUUUGCUUUCACGUUCUGAUGUUCCACCACGCAUGCAGGGGUUUGUGCGAGGUGCGCCGCCACCAGGUGUAGCAGCAGCUGCAGCUGCUGCUGCUGCUGCUGCUGCCGGUGGUACUGGUGAGGCUGACAGAGUGGUAGACAAAGGGGGAGAGGGGGAGGGAGAGGGGGAGGGGGAGGGGGAGGAAGAGGGAGAGGCCGACGACCCACACCAGCAGCAACAGCCACCGAUACAGCCAAACGAACCGUACGCAUGACGCGGGAGGGAGCAGACAACGAGCCAUAUGUGUGUGUCUCUGCCUCUCCUUCUCUGUGUGUGUGUGUGUGUGCAGAGAGGGGUCGUCCAAGUUCGUUGAGCAUUUCGACUGGCAGGCCGUGACCACUUUCCACGACCUUAGGGUGCUCACCAAGGCAAGCCCUCAAUCACAGGCACACAGACCAUCCAGGUCUGUUAUGUGUGGUGUGCAGAAGGGUGUGCGGCCGCCCGGCGUGCCGCCCAACUGGAAGGAGGCCUUCCUGAUAGACGCUGUGAGGGAGAGACGCACAGAUAGGAACAAGAUAGCACCAAACAAGCGUGUGUCUGGGGUGUGUGGGGGGUGUGUGUGUGUGUGUGUGCGUGUGUGUGUUUGCAGUCAUUUGUUGAGGUGUUUGGGAUGUCCAAGGCGCAGUUCUACACCUUGCCGUGAGUGUGCACCGAUCAACGGAUGGAUGGAUGGAUGGAUGCCGUCUCUCUCCCUCUCUCGCUGUGUGUGUGGUGUGGUGUGGUGUGGUGUGGUGCGUGCAGCAAGUGGAAGCAGCAGACCAUCAAGAAGAGGGUCAACUUGUUUUGAUGGAUGGAUGGAUGGAGCAUUGCCGGGGCGGCAUCGGGCAUUGGACAGAAAAACUGACUGAUUGGCCCCCAACCACACACUCAGUCGUGUUGGUUGAGUCGAC